AUGGCGUACUACCUUACUGACGGAAUUUAUCCGAAUUGGUCAACAUUUAUCCAAUCCAUCCCACUUCAUCAAGGUCCUAAAGCUGAGCUAUUUGCUCAACGUCAAGAAUCCACCAGAAAAGAUGUCGAACGUGCUUUCGGGGUAUUGCAAUCGAGGUUUGCAAUAGUUAAAAACCCUGCUCUACUAUGGGACAAGGAAAAGAUAGGGAAAAUUAUGAGAACUUGUGUCAUAUUGCACAAUAUGAUAGUAGAGGACGAACGAGACGGAUACAGUCUUACUGAUACAUCUGAGUUCGAGUCAGGAGAGUCAAGCAGAGGUUCGAAGGUCAAAAGGAGAGAAAGUUUGCAUUCACAUAAUAUGCUAGGCAUGCGCAAUGAAGUUCGGGAUUCAGGGAAACAUGAUAAGUUGAAAGCUGAUUUAGUUGAAAAUGUAUGGCAAAAAUUUAGUAAUGAAUAA